UUUCGAAAUAGGUCAUAUAGAUGUGAAAUUUGUACGGAGAGAAUGAGUGUCAACAUUUAAUGUAAUAUGAUGUUAAUUGUGGUUUGAUCAGCACAUAACAGAUGUCAAGUAAUAGGAGAAACUGUUGCAGAAAAUGCUGUGGAUUUUUUGGAUCAAUUAUCUGCCCAGGUCAAGUACCAGAAGAACAUAAAACUAAAAUAACUAAUACAAACAGAGUCUAUAUUCUUUGGAUAGUACUGAUAGCUAUAUUUUUGACAGCUGGUUUAGUUCAGCUCCUUCAUAAAAACAAUCAAUUUAACGUUAUAACAGUCCAGGAUCAAAUGUACUAUGUAGACUGGUUUUCUAAUAAAUGGUGCAGCGGUGUAAAUAUAACCAGUAAGGGGUAUCCAGUCGAAGUGAAUGCCUAUCUGUUACCCAAACUAACAUCUAGUAAGGACGUAUGUCAACAUUCUACAGAUACAGUCAGUCGAAUUAAUAAAACACCUGUUCCGGGAAAUGAUAUUUACUACCGAAAGGUGUCCCUUAAACAAGGAGACAGGAUUUCUGGAAAAAUUUGUGCACCUUCAAUUGAAAAGAUAUACAUAUUUACAAGGUUUAUGGACUUUAAGUCAUGUAUUCUGACUGAUUCCUGGACGAGAUGUGGAAUAAAUGGACCCACUCGUUACGUCCUAAAUUCAUCAUGUACAGACUACAAUACUUUUGACAACGCGUUUCAAUUACCACCUAAAACAAUGACUAAAUCUGGAGAUUUGUAUUACGUUUUCUACAACAAGCUUGCAACCAUAUCUUUUGUGUCUGCCAUUUUUACAAAACCUUUACCAAACACAAUACUUUUAAAUCGAGCCCAGAGAAUUUGUCUGGAUCAGACACUUUGUCAGCUCGACUACGGUUCUAUUUAUGAUUCGUAUGCUGUUUGUUUUGAGGCCGUUCGUAAAAGUCCGUUUUCAUGGCACCCAGAUGUUGACAACAAUGUGAAAGUAGCAUGCAGACGUCGUCAAUGGUUUUAUGUUUUACUAUUUUUUGUCGUUCCUUUCAUUAUAGGGAUAUUAGGUAGUGUGUUAAUCUGUUUAUGUUGUAAACAUAAUUCAUCAGUUGUUGAUCGACAUCGAAUGAACUCUGCAGGUAUAGGGUAUUCCGAUAGACAUAUAGAACGUUAUACGGUAACGAACAAUAACAACCGAUUCUCGAAUAUACAAGAUAAUUAUAGAAAUACAUUUAACAGACAGGAAGUAACAAAUGAUACCAUUGGAGGUAUCAGAGAUCAAGAAACUAUAGAUCUAGACAGGGAAUCAGCUGAUCGACACGUGAAUCAUUUACCGCCAAGUUUACAUAACCCGCCCCCAUCUUACGACAGAGAAUCAGCUGAUCGACACGGGAAUCAUUUACCGCCAACUGUACAUGACCCACCCCCAUCUUACGAUGAGGUAAUGAAAGGAACCCCUGUCUAGCAAUUUAACGCGGGGGAAAAGUAAGCAGGCGUUGAAACAGCUGGAAAUGAUUAUCAGUCUGUGGGAAAUUCCCACUACGUCUUCCAAGGGGAACCCUCUCUAAAUCUGCCUCUGACCUGCAUUAUCGUGUCCGACUGAAACAUCGACGGGACAGUAUGUAAAUGAUCUAUUAAGGAAGGUUUUUAGAAAAAUAACUUUGCCUGUGACAAACUCAAAUUAAUACACUGAAUACAACUGAGAUACAAAUUAAUAUUCUGCAAUACAAAAUCGGCAAACACAUGUGUACAACAGGAAAAAAGAUUUUAAGCAUUGAAAUUUCCGAAUUAUAGAAUUAAGCAUGGUUCAGUUGUUGAUGUGUAUUACCUUCAAGAUUGAUUUUUAGUAAAAUCAGAAGGGAUUGAUAUGAUCACAACAUGAUACAGAUCAAGGAUAUAUGUUAUUGGAAAUAAUUUAUUCUUUCCGUUUUUAACAUUGGUGUUGUUUUUUACACUUAUAAAGCGUAUACAUAAUAAUAUUUAAGUACAUCUUUUUUUAUUUCUUUUAUUUUGUAAUUUUCAAGAAACGCCUCCCUAGUUUAAAUUCCGGCACUUGACUUCCCUUUUUUAAAGGGAAUGACCAUACAAUUUCAAAGGGGGUUAGUUUUCCCCAAAAAAAUAUGAACGAUAUAUUUACUUCUUUGUUCAAAACAGCUGCAUAUGUACUGAUUCGAUUGGGUCUAUAAUUUUAAACUACAAUAAUCUCGCACAAAUUGAAGAAUAUAGCCGCUUGCUGUUAUACGGAUGGUAUAAUAAAUAGGCGUGAGUGGUGUGCGGAUGCUAUUACAAAUAUGUGUGAAUGUUGUACAAGUAGUCUGAAUGUCAACAUGUUAUGUUAUAGUAUAUUAUUAUAAAGUAAUAAAAAUGCUAUUUUUUUACAUUUUUACCUAUUGUGUCUGUUUGUUUCAUUGUCAAUAAAAUUUGAACUUGA